AUGGCUGAUCCCACUGAUGGACUUACUGAAGAAAUAAUGAACACUUUACCCAAUAUUGAUGACACGUUGCUGCAGUCAUUAAUGGGAAGAUUAAUGUCAUUGGGUGUAGAAACUGUUGAUGAUAUAGGACUUCUACAGGAGCAAGAUCUUGAGGGGUUUUUGAAGCCUAUCCAGAUAAGGAAAAUCCUCACAUCUGGUGGGCAAGUGAAUGUUCAACUUGCAAAAAGGUCCUCAUCUCAAUUUGAACCUUCAAGUCCUGUUUCUGGAACAGCAUCGAUGUCUCCUUUAAGCAGUUUAGGGUCACCAAGCCAGAUAUUCUUUGAGAACAGCACCAACACAGAUCCAAACUGGGCUUACAAGGUUGAUAUUCCAUGGACCAAAAUGGGCAGAGAUAUAACAGAUCCAUUGCAGAGAGGGAAAAGACUAAUGCCUGAUGCCAGGAGAAAACUGGUGAGAAUCAUUGUUGAUGAAAUCAGAGAGAGGACCUUUCAUGCGACAAAAACACAGUUCAGUGUCAUUGCAAAGAGAAUUGUACAGAGGUUUCCAAAGAGUCUAGAGGAUAGGAUAGAAGAUAUUGUUGUAGGUACAGGAUAUGAUUUAUUUGCAAAGCAGCUCCUUAACAGAAAUGACAAUCUGAAUAGACCAAUGGGAGUGAAGAUGGGUGUGAAGACAAGUGACGUAGGAGAAUCAAGUGGGAAAAGAAAUGAUUCUCAGGAAGUCCAAGUUGUGGGAGAAACGUCAAAGAAGAAAGUUGAUUCUUAUGGAUGCAUUAACUUUUCACCAAGUUUGAACAGCGAUACAGCAGAAAGUUUGGAAGAAAUUAGAGAAGACAUGUGCAGAAAGUACAACAAUCAGAAUCCAAAGGAUCAUGAUUGGGAGAUGAAAGAAACUCAACUUCGUGAUACAUACAGCUUACAGAGAUACAAUAUCAAUGAAGGAGAAAGCGUCAGGGAUCUGUUGUCUAAAUGGCCAUUUUUAUUCACAGAGAGGGGUCUGUUUCUCCAUUUCAAGCUACUGGUUGGGCUGGAUAUCAGAAACACAAUCUGCGAAGCUUUUUCUAAGAAAGCUCACAGACUGAACAAGUUUUUUAAAACAGAAGAAUCUGGUAUUUGUAAAGAAGCUGAUGAAAUCAUCAAAGAGGCUAAAGCUCAAAGUGCAAAGGACAGUGUUAUUGCUUGGCUACCUGCUAAUAUCCUUGCUAUCAUGAAGUACUUCUCAGAGAAGGAAGAACAACUUUUCUUGACAGUUGAUGUAAGAACUUAG